AUGCCUCUAUUCCGUGCCAUGAUGGAGCCCAGGGCUGCGAAACGGGUAGUGAGAAAGAGGAAGAUUAGAGGACGAGGAAGAUGGGAGGAGGAUGAUGAUCACCCUCCCCGACUGACCCAGCUUUGUCUGUGGAACUUGGCGGAGAACAUGAAGGAAGUGUGGGUCAAAGACUACGCUGACAACUACAUGGAUCAGUACUUCUUCAGAUUUGUCAUGGGCCCCUUCACCCUGCUGCCGGCUGAGCUGGUAGAGGAGCUCCUGUCUGUCCUGUCCUCCAGGUGUGAGUUGUCCCGUGCGGCGCUACACCUCCUGUUGAGCCCUCAGCUCAGAACCCUAUCUCUUGGGGGCCACUCUGCUCUGGUCACCCCCAGCCUCUGCACCCUCAUCGGGAUUCGCUGCCAGAGCCUGCAUUCCAUGGACCUCUCUGGAGCCCAGCAGGUGUCUUCCCAUGUCCAGUGUGACCUGCUGGGUUGUCUGCCUUCCCUGCGCUCCCUCUCUCUGGCUGGCACCCCUUGUGACAGACAGGUUGUGGAGGUGGUUGCCCGCCACUGCCCCGCGCUGCGCCACCUCGACGUGUCCCGCUGCCACUUCCUGCCCCCCGCAGGCCUGCUCUGCCUGAGGGGUUCCUCCUGCGCCUCCCCACCCCCCCUCAGCAGCCUGCUGGCUCUGGAUGUGGGCUUUGGGGAGGGGGAUGGAGAUGGGGCGGCUGCCGUGGCCUUCCUCCUGCUCUCCCUGCCGUGGCUGGAGAGAGUGGCAAUGGAGGGCCUGGGGGAGGCCUGUGGCCUCAUACACAGCAGGGAGUUCGGAGGGACUGAGGAGUUCACGACCAAUGAGGGGCUGCCCAGUCUCUGGGAGGUGUGGAGGGAGAGGAGGCAGAGUGGGAGGGCCACAGACACAGGCGAAAUAUCAGGAGCGGAUGUGGAGGAAAUUGAAGAGGAGGAAAAUGACAACCGUUUCUCGUGGGCGAGUGAGGGUGAGAGUGAGGAUGAGGGUACAGGUGAGGAGAAAAGGGGAGUUGGAGCUGGAAGAGGUGACACUCAGAUGAGAACAAGGAAGGAAAUAGAAGAAGACGGUGUUGAGAAAGGAAGGGAAGAGGGAGUGGGGGGGUCAGGGGGUGAGGGCUUUACCUUACGUCUAAGGGAUGCGCAGGGCAUGUCUGGUGGGACUCUGGAGGCUGUAAGUCAGCUUUGCCCCGAGCUGCGCUCUAUAUCACUGGACUGUGAGGAGGGUGGGCCUACAGGGUCUUGUCUGGCUGCAGGCCUGGCCAGGUGGGCAGGCCAGCUAAGGGGACUCUCUGUGCGCUUCACAGGGCCCCUGGAUGAGCUGCUGCCUGCCCUGCGUGCUAUGAAGGGCUCCCUGGUUUCUCUCACCCUGGAAGGGGUCAGAACCAGCUCUCAGACAGCCAUGCUGGAGCUCCUCCACGCCUGUCCCAGGCUGAGGAGCCUCGUCGUCCACGCUGAGCCUCCUUUAGCCCCCCAGGAGGAAGAGGAGGAGGAGGAGGAGGACAGGGAUCUACCCUGUCUACCACAACUGUGCUCUCUCUCCCUAAACUUCUCCUAUGACCAGCGCCAGAUGAAGACCGUCAUGUCCUGGAGGUCUCUGGGGGGGGCGCUGUGGAGCGUACUAUCCGGCUCUCCCCUCCUGGAGAGGGUCUCUCUGGUGGCAGUGCCUUGUCCGCUGGAGCCUGUGUUCCAGAAGCUUCUGAAGCGCCCCGCCGCCCGACCCAACAGCCCUCCACUACAACAACUAUGCCACCUCAGCCUUGUCCGCAGUGACGUUUCCAUGGAGACGGCGUCGGGCCUGAUGACCAUCAACAGGCGUCUGAGCAGCCUGGACCUGAGAGGCUGCUGGGCAGUGAGCCUGGACAACAUGAGGCAGCUACAGAGGACAGCCACCAGGAGGCAACGUUGUAUCACUAUCACCUGGACAUGAUGUGCUUUAAAUCUGCCAGACAGGGGCACCCUCAUUUACACAUACUGUGUGUUUGGGGCAAAUCCAACACAUCACUGAGUACCACUCUUGAUAUUUUCAAACAUGGUGGUGGCUGCAUCAUCUUAUAUGUAUGCUUGUCAUCGGCAAAAACUAGGACGUUUUUUUUUUUUUAAAUAAACAGAAUAGAGCUAAGCACAGUCAAAAUCCUAGAGGAUAACCUGGUUCAGUCUGCUUUCCAACAGACACUGGGAGACGACAUCACCUUUAAGCGGGACAAUAACCUAAAGCAUAAGGCCAAAUAUACACUGGAGUGGCCUAGUUAGAGUUUUGAUUUAAGUCAGCUUGACAAUGGCUGUCUAGCAAUGAUCAACAACCAACUUGACAGAGCUUGAAGAUUUUUUUUCAAGAAGAAUGUGCAAAUAUUGUGCAAAGCUUCUAGAGACCUACCCAGAACGACUCACCGCUGUAAUCGCUGCCAAAGAUGAUUCUAACAUAAAUUGACUCAGGUGUGAAGACUUAUGUAAAUGAGAGUUCUGUAUUUAAUACAUUUGCAAACAUUUCUAAAGACAUUUACUUUUUCAUUAUAGGGCAUUGUGUGUAGAAGGGUGAGAUAAAAAUAUAAAAAAUAAAAAAACAUUUUGAAUUCAGACUGUAACAACAAAAUGUGGAAUAAGUCAAGGAGUAUGAAUAUUUUCUGAAGGCUCUGCAUGUGAUCGUGUCUCAAUGUAAUCAAAGUGUGAAAUUAUUUCUUUUCAAAUACAAUCUUUUUGGGCUUAGUUGUG